CGGCGCGGUGGACGGCGUCGAUCAGGCAGCUCGGGGGACAGCCCCGGCGUCUGUCAAUCCGCACCGUUUGAAAACAGUUUGUUGUGCCGCCGCGGCAGCCGGGUUCCCGCCCUGCCCGGUCUGACGCGAUCGCGCCGCCGCGCCGCUUUGUGCUCCGCCCGCCACUGAUGCUGAGUGUUCGGGACUACGGGCUCUGCGCUUGCAUCGUCUGAGGCGGCCGCGAGGCGCCAGAGUCGGCAUGUCGCUGCCUCCGGAGAAAGCCUCGGAGCUGAAGCAGCUCAUCCACCAGCAGCUGAGCAAGAUGGAUGUCCAUGGCAGAAUCAGAGAAAUUCUCGCCGAGACUAUACGAGAAGAACUGGCACCUGAUCAACAACAUUUAUCAACAGAAGAUCUGAUCAAAGCUCUUAGACGUCGAGGAAUCAUUGAUGAUGUAAUGAAAGAACUUAACUUUGUGCCUGAGAGUGUUGUUGAUCAAGAACUCUCUUCUCCAAAGCAAGCUGUUGCUUUUGAUAAGCAAUCAACAUUAAAAAAAACUAAUAUUGAUCCAACACGGAGGUAUCUUUACCUUCAGGUUUUGGGUGGAAAAGCUUUCUUGGAACAUCUGCAAGAACCGGAGCCUUUACCAGGACAAGUUUGUUCAACUUUUACUUUAUGUUUACAUUAUCGGAACCAGCGCUUUCGUUCAAAACCUGUUCCAUGUGCUUGUGAACCCGAUUUUCAUGACGGCUUUUUGCUUGAAGUUCACAGAGAAAGUUUAGGUGAUGGAACUAGAAUGGCUGAUUCAACAACAAUGUUAUCGAUAAGUGAUCCAAUUCAUAUGGUGCUGAUCAAAACAGACAUAUUUGGUGAGACCACUCUAGUGGCUUCCUAUUUUCUGGAAUGGAGAUCAGUUUUGGGCUCAGAAAAUGGAGUGACCAAUCUGACCGUGGAACUUAUGGGUGUAGGCACAGAAUCAAAAGUUUCUGUGGGAAUUUUAAAUAUAAAACUUGAAAUGUACCCACCACUCAACCAAACACUAUCUCAAGAAGUAGUGAACACACAGCUUGCCUUAGAACGUCAGAAAACUGCAGAGAAAGAACGAUUAUUUCUGGUGUAUGCUAAGCAGUGGUGGAGAGAGUAUUUGCAAAUUCGACCCUCACACAAUUCACGGCUGGUAAAGAUUUUUGCACAGGAUGAAAAUGGAAUAAAUAGACCAGUCUGUUCCUAUGUUAAACCACUUCGAGCUGGACGGCUUCUGGAUACUCCGAGGCAAGCAGCACGAUUUGUUAAUGUUCUUGGUUAUGAACGAGCCCCUGUUAUUGGAGGAGGUGGCAAACAGGAGCAGUGGUGCACUCUGCUGGCUUUUCUCUGUAGGAACAAGGGUGAUUGUGAAGACCAUGCCAACCUGCUGUGCAGCCUUCUUCUUGGAUAUGGACUGGAGGCUUUUGUCUGUGUGGGGACCAAGGCUAAGGGGGCACCUCACGCAUGGGUUAUGACUUGUGGAACUGAUGGGACCAUCACGUUUUGGGAGAGUUUAACAGGGCACAGGUACAUCCACAAGCCUACUAAUCCUGAUGGACCUCCACUUGCUGAACAGCCCAAACCAUUGUACCCCUAUCGAACAAUUGGUUGUGUUUUCAAUCAUCAGAUGUUCCUGGGGAACUGUCAACCCUCGGAUGCAGUAGAGACCUGCAUAUUUGAUUUGAAUGAUGAGUCCAAGUGGAAACCCAUGAGUGAAGAAGCAAUUAAGUCUGUGUGUGCUCCAGGGGCCACCACGUCUCUCCCUCCCUUCCCACCUCUGUGUGCAUCCACGAUUGACGCCUCAGUCACAAGCAAUGAAAUCGAAAUGCAGCUGAGACUCCUAGUGUCAGAGCACAGAAAGGACCUUGGCCUCACUACUGUUUGGGAGGAUCAGCUUUCCUAUCUUUUAUCACCAGCUUUGGCUUCAUAUGAAUUUGAGCGAACAACAAGCAUAUCUGCAGGCAAUGAAGAAUUUCAGGAUGCUAUCAGGAGGGCUGUACCUGAUGGCCACACAUUUAAAGGGUUUCCAAUACAUUUUGUGUAUAGAAACGCAAGGCGUGCAUUCGCCACUUGUCUUCGGUCUCCUUUUUGCGAAGAAAUAAUCUGUUGUCGUGGAGAUCAGGUGCGACUGGCAGUUCGCGUUCGAGUGUUUACCUACCCUGAAUCUGCAUGUGCUGUUUGGAUCAUGUUUGCUUGUAAAUAUCGCUCAGUAUUAUAGGACUAACAUUUCCUAAGAAUUACUCCUUUGUUUUAUUAGAAUGGUAUAUGACUAGCUGUGUGAAGGUUUCUUAAUGUAAAUUCAGUCUCUGACUUUUGAUGUCAAUGUUUUGUAUAGAUCUGACUGAUAAUGUUUUAAAAUAUCAUGUAUGUACUUAAAAAUUAAGUAUAAAAAGUUUGUAUUGAAUUUAGUAUAAAUUAAGUGUAUAAUAAUGAUACUUUCUUUUGAGGGACUCAGUUUGACUGUGAAUAUAAGAUGUUUACAUUAAUAAGUAAAGAGAUUUGUCUAGUGAUUUAAGCCACAGUUAAAUCAAAAUUAUCAUUAUUUUUCAUAAAUAAAAGAUUAUUUUACACAAAUUAGGAGAAGUUAACUUCAUAAUAUCUUAUUUAUUACAUAGGUGAAAAUAUAUUUUGCUGAAUUAGUAUUUUUGUGGUUUACUCAUGACAUUAGUUAGGGAUAUUUGAGGCUUUCCAGAAGUUUUUGUGAAGACUUUGAUGUAAGAAAAAGGGCCAAGUGUGGUGGCACAGGCUUUUAAUUCCACAAGAGGCCAGCCUGGUCUACAUAGCAAGUUCCAGGCCAGUUAGGGCUAUACAGUGAAAACCUAUCUCAAAAAAAAAGUAGUAUCAAAAAAGCAUAAAUAUUAAUAACAAAUCUCAUAUGAGUAUGUGGGAGUGUACAUAAUUUAUUGAUAUUAUUAAAAUGAAUUGAGCACUUUAGAAAAUACUAAUUACACUUCCUAGUUACAAAGUGAUUUGACUUUCUCUCAGGAACUAAUGAUAAAUUUGUCAAGUUUGACUGUCCAUUCUUCUGUGCAGAAGGUUCUUGUUUUGUUUUUAUGAUGAUAGAAACCUAGGGCUUCCUACAUGCUAGGCAAACACUACCAGUGAGCUAUACCCACAGUAUCUCACUAUAUAGCCUUUGCUGGCCUGCCUCUGUGUGCAGUUUCUUAGUUUAGUUUCUUUACCCAUUGGUUGUCUUAAGAUAUAAGUGUAUGCUAGUUCACUAUCCAAAUUAUUUAUUCUUUUCAUUACCUACUGUUGGAAAUAAAAUAACUUUAUUUAUUUAUUUA